UUCUAACCUAUUUUAUAUGACGCUACGUUUCAACAGUGCGAAAUUUAGCAUUGUAUUGUAUUAAGUUUGUAAAUUGAUCCGAUUUAAGGGAAUUCAUCGGUACCUUGCUAAACUAGACCUUUCAAAGCCAUCAAGAUGCUUCCGUUAUCAUUACUGCGAACCGCUCAAAACCAUCCAAUGCUCGUAGAACUUAAAAAUGGUGAGACCUACAACGGGCAUCUGGUUUCUUGCGAUAAUUGGAUGAAUAUCAACUUGAGAGAAGUAAUUUGCACAUCACGAGACGGCGACAAGUUUUGGAGAAUGCCCGAGUGCUAUAUACGCGGUUCUACUAUCAAAUACUUACGUAUUCCUGAUGAAGUUAUUGAUAUGGUCAAGGAAGAGACACAAGUGAAGUCCCGCGGGCUGCGCGAGGUGUCGAAGGGUCGCGGCGGGCUGCGCGCGGCGCGCGGGGGGGGCGCGCGCGGGCCCUUCGGCGCGCGCCGCCCCGCGCCGCCCGCCCGCGCCGCGCCGCCCGCCCAGCAGACACGACCCAUGAAGAAGAAGUAGACGUCACCUAAUUCUCUACGUUUCUCCACAACGGAAGAGGGCUUUAACCGUGAAAAUCCAAGCUCGUAAAUUGCGGGGCAUCUUUCUAUGCCUAGUGGCUUAGAAAGAUGCCCGCAAUCAGGCGGGUCCACACAUAAGGCAAGAAUGCCUCGACCGAAGCAUACGUAAACUGGCGUUUUGUGAGCGAGAAAAUGUCUCGCGCGUAUGCUCGCUCUGUGUGGACCCAUUUUGAAUUUCGGUUUUCGCGGUAGGCUCCGAUUAGCUCUUUGGGAUCAUCCAUUAAUUACGUUACACGUUUAGGGAGAGGGAGGGGGUCAUGAAAAUGUGAGAUGUGACAAUGAGGGAGGAGAGACCGACAAACUUUGAGACGUCACUUUAUUUUCAUUUGUAAUCUAAAAUUGUUUAUUUUUAAUUCACUUUACAAGAAAAUAACUACUUUUUGCAAAGAUAAUCAUUGUAAUUUUUAUACCUAAUCGAUUUGAUGUUAUAAGUUUUCUAAUAUUGCUUAAAAUAUUUUUUAUUAUAAUAAUAAUACCUAAUUAGACCGUUAUACUGUUCACUUUACUACAAUAGUCCCAAUGCCUGUUGCGACCGGUUCAUGGGUGUCUAUUGUUGCGCCCGUGAACGGAUUCCAGCAGGCGUUCUACAUGACAUUAAAGCUCUCCAAGAGGCCUCUACGUGUUGGAUCUAUAUCCCCACGCAAGCCUAUCAAAAGACCGGGAUUUAUAGGCCCGUGAAAUCCAAGGAGAUACCUAAUUAGAUUGCUAAUUCCGUUGAAAACAAAAUUGCCAAAUAUGUGACGUCACAAGGGGAGGGGUUUGCCAAAUGACCAGGUGUGACAAGCAGCAGCCAGGUGUGACAAGGGCAAAGGAUAAAAAAAUCUUGAUAUUCGUGUAACGUAAUUUAUGAAUAGCCUAUUUAGACCUAGCUGAAAUAUCCAAUGCAACACAAUGCAGUGCAAUGCUCCAAUACGUAACCGUAAUGACUAAAUACAGAAUAAGUUACGAAAUAUUGUGAUCCUCAACUUGUAACUGUUACGGUUACUUGCCCCAUACCACUAACCCGAGGUUAACUGGUUAAACCUGGUUUUACCCCGGGUUAGUGGGAUGGUGCAAGUAACCCUAAGUCGACUAACUGCAUGGCAUUUGCAAUAACAAAGUCUAAUAAUGUCAAAAUGUUAUGAAAAUGACAUUAAUGAUGGCACUGUUUCACUUUGUUCUGUCGGACACAAUGCAAAGUUAGCAUGGACUAUAAAUGUGACGUCGUUCGACUGACUAUAGUGUAUAAUUUAAUUAUUAAUAUAAGGUUUUUGAUUAU